GACAGAAGGGCCUGGUUGCCUCGUCGCCGUCUUCGGCGGAAAGCUCGCGCUUUACGGCGCCUUUUCGACGCUUUACGGCGGGAGCAAGAUGGCGGUGGCGUCGCCCUUCAGCGGCGCUCUGCAGCUGACCGACCUGGACGAUUUCAUUGGGCCCUCGCAGGAAUGCAUCAAACCAAUCAAAGUUGACAAGUCUGGGAGAGUAGCAGCUAAGAUCCGUAUUGAAGAUGAUGGAACUUAUUUCCAAGUUGGCCAGGACGGAGGGUCACAAAAACUGGAAAAGGCCAAGAUUACGCUCAAUGACUGCUUGGCCUGCAGUGGUUGCAUUACAUCAGCGGAGAGCGUCCUAAUCACUCAGCAGAGCCACGAAGAGCUCUGCAAAGUGUUAAAUGCCAAUAAGGCACCCAAUUCUCCCAAGAAAUUGGUGGUGGUAUCCGUAUCUCCCCAGUCCAGAGCUUCUUUAGCUGCAAGAUUCGGAAUGACUCCUUUAGACACAGCUAAGAAACUGACAGCCUUCUUGAAGAAUUUAGGGGUGCAUUUUGUCUUUGAUACAACUUUCACCAGGAACUUCAGUUUGCUGGAGAGCCAGCGGGAAUUUGUUCAGCGUUUCCAGAGACGAGUAGAAGAUAAGAAAGCUUUACCCAUGUUAGCUGCUGCUUGUCCUGGUUGGAUCUGUUAUGCUGAAAAAACUCACGGGAAUUUUAUCAUCCCAUACAUCAGCACUACCAGAUCACCCCAGCAGAUCAUGGGCUCCCUGAUUAAGGACCACUUUGCCAAACAACAGUGCCUGACACCAGACCAAAUCUACCAUGUAACUGUGAUGCCUUGCUAUGACAAAAAGCUAGAAGCUUCCAGGCCAGAUUUCUUCAUUCAAGAGCACCAGACCCGUGAGGUUGACUGUGUGAUUACAACAGGAGAAGUCUUAAAGCUGCUGGACCAGGAAGGAGUAUCCCUUCUUGAAGUGAAUCCUAGGCCUUUGGAUAGCAUGUUUGGCAAUCUUUUGGAAGAACAGCUCUUCAGCCAUUCUGGAGGUGGCUCUGGGGGAUACUUGGAGCACGUAUUCAAAUAUGCAGCCAAGGAGCUCUUUGGCAUUCCAGUGAAGGAGCUUCACUACAAGACCCUGAAAAACAAGGAUUUUCAAGAGGUGACGCUGGAGAAGGAUGGCCAGACUGUCCUGCACUUUGCCCUGGCGUAUGGAUUUCGGAACAUCCAAAACUUCGUGCAGAAACUGAAACGUGGAAAGCUGCCCUACCAUUACAUCGAGGUGAUGGCUUGCCCUUCAGGGUGCUUAAAUGGAGGGGGGCAGAUCCGAGCGGAAGGAGAAUCCAGCAAGGACCUGCUCCAUCGUGUGGAGACACUCUACGAAGUGGCCCAGCCGGAAGACCCCGAGAUGAACAAAACCAUCGGCGACCUCUAUGACCAGUGGCUUGGUGGCCCCACUUCUCAACAGGCUCAAGAUCACCUCCAUACAAUAUACCACGCUGUGGAGAAAGGCAGUGCAAGCUUUAAUAUUAAGUGGUAAAUUGGGUCAGCUCGUGUAAUGGACAAUACACCAGGUCCCCAACCACCAGGCAGUAGCCCACAACUGGGUCAUGGCCUAUUCACAACCGGGGCUGGGUGAGGGGCAGUCCAGCUGGCAUGCAUGUGCAUGUGUGUGCAGUUUGCAAUCAAGCUGUAUGCGCGCGCUGGCCCCCGCUUGUGCAGUCCAGUACUCUUCUCCCCCCCAAGCUGGGCCACCAAGUUGCAAAGGUUGGGGAACCGCUUGAUGUACUAGAUCAGGGGUCUCCAACCUUGGCAACUUUAAGACUUGUGGACUUCAACUCCCAGAACUCCUCAGCCAGCAAAGCUGGGAGUUGAAGUCCACAAGUCUUAAAGUUGCCAAGGUUGGAGACCCCUGUAUUAGAUCGCUUGUUGUAGAUGAAGCUGAAAGAUUCAUUUUUAAACAAAUAGUCGUAUCGAAGAUUUAAAUUUGAUUUUUUUUAAAAAAAAUUAUAAGGGGACGCAUUGGCUUCAUAGCAGACGACAGUGCUCUCCACUGGAUUUCUUAAUCUCAUCGGAUCGUUGAGGCAGAAAAUUGGACCGUUGUUAGUUUACUCUUUUUACAACUCCACCACUUCUUUAGAAUUUAUGCAAGGAGGUCUUCUGAAUAAUUGCACGAGAGUAAAAUGGAUCCAGGCUGAAUUUGGACAGGAGGGACCAAAAUAAAAUGUAAAAAAUGUAAAUGGUUUAGAGGUCUAUGGGGUUGAUGGAGAAAAAUCAAAAUCCUGAAACUCUCCUCACCAUGAAUCUGGAUGGGUGGGGCAGUUGAGUUAGCAGCACCAUUCUCGAUCUCUCUCCGGUCAUGUGGCACAAAGUGGAGCGUUUGUCCUAGUCCACAUGCAACAUAAGAAGGGGGAACAGAAAUGCCCACUUCCACCCACCCUGUUGAGGUAUAACACAAAGGCUGUUUAUGUGAACCCCCAACAACUAUCAAUAAAAUAAGAAAUUGAUCACAGAACAUCAAA